AUGGACGACAAAAGACCCUUGGAUGUCAUAGAUCCCGACAGCGAAUGGGAAUGCACUGUUGAAGCACCAGUUAAUAUUGCACUAGUCAAAUACUGGGGGAAGAAGGAUGAAAAGCUCAUUUUGCCUUACAAUGACUCGAUAAGUCUCACACUUGACGAGACGGUGCUUGGCACUAGAACCACAGUUUCCUAUUCGGCGACGUACGAAGAGGAUUGCUUGGUGCUUAACGGCGAAGAACAGAAAAUCUCGAGCCGACUUGAAAAUGUAAUAGAAGAGAUCCGACGCGCCUUUCGAAAACAUGCUGUGAGAAACAAAAUGAAUGCGCAGAAUCUUAUGAUAAUGACCAGAUUCCGCUUUAGAAUAGUCACUGAGAACAAAAUGCCCACAGCAGCAGGCCUUGCAUCGAGCGCUUCUGGAAUGGCCUGUAUAACAUUUGCGCUGUGCACCGCUCUUGGAAUAGCAGAAAGUGUCGACAUGAGUCGACUGGCGCGUUUAGGAUCGGGCUCUGCCUGUAGAUCGAUUUAUGGAGGGCUGGUACAGUGGGAGGCUGGCAAGGAGGAAGACGGAAGCGAUUCUGUCGCGAAACAGAUUUACCCUGCGCAUGCCUGGCCAGAACUCAGAGUGCUCGUUUUGGUCGUAAACGGCGAGAAGAAAAAAAUUGGCAGCACUAAAGGAAUGCAGAUGUCGAUAGAAACAUCUGAUUUUAUGAUUUCAAGGCCUAAGCAAUGCAAAGACAGAAUACAAGAAGUUUGUUGGGCAUUUCAGGCAAAGCACUUCCCUGCUCUCGGCGAAGUGAUCAUGAAGGACUCAAACACUCUCCAUGCAAUUUGCCGUGAUACCCUACCACCAGUCAACUAUUUAAAUGAGACCUCAGAAGUGCUCAUCGAAUUCGUCCACGAUUUGAAUAGCAUUAUUGGAGAAGUUUCUGUAGCGUACACUUUCGACGCUGGCCCGAACUGCUUCUUAGUUUUUCAAGAGAAACACGAACACUUGCUGAAGUGGAUUCUAUCUCAAACGUUUCUUGACAGUAAUGGCCUGCUUAAUACUGAUAAGCCCAAGUUUGAUAAUGAUGAAAAUUUAUACGCCGAUUUGAUAAAACAAUAUCAAUCAAAGAAUUACAAAGUUAUUAAAGAUUUCUAUUGCACAGAAGUAGGAAGUGGACCAAAAGUCGUUAAAAAUCCUACAAUUAUCUAA